AUGGCAGCAGUUGCUUCUUCCUCUACAGCAAAGUUCCCACGUUCAACAUCAUCAUGGCAACGCAGUGACAAGAUUCUUGACGUAUUGUUACCACGCUACUACGAAUACGAUCUUGGCGAGUUUUAUGACAAGCCUGCAGACCGAAAAAGCACAUGUUUUCGAGAUGACCCUGAAUUAUCCAUGGGUGAUGAUGGCGAUAGCAUGUAUGCAGAAACCUUACUGAAUUCUGAUUUUAUGGCAUGGCUCAACAAUGAUGAUGAUGACAAGAAUCGAUCUUCAUCCUCCUCGUCCUCUUCCUCCCAUACAUGGUCUGCCCUUGAACGUUUACGCAUGCUAGUUGCUCAUACCGCUACCCCGUCAUUCAUGCUACCACCCCCGCCUGAGAUUUCACAAGUACCCACGCCUUCUUUCCGCUCUUCCUCAUCAACAUCGUCAUCAUCCGCUUCCUCCACAAACAUUCAUCCACAACAACAACAGCAAUAUCAUUCCACCGUAUAUCCCAAUCCUACCACCACAACUGCUGAUGUCAAGGGCAAAGGCAAAGCUUCAAAGUAA